CUGUCCGUAAGGCACGGAAGACACUCAAACACAGAAACUCUACCGCCAAAAGCGCUUCGGCGGUGUAAUUGCAGCGCGACUCACACUCCUACCCACAACUAUGGAUGCUCGCCCCCCUGUGCGUACCUACGGCGUAGCUUCGACGCUGAAGCAUGAAUUGGGCUUUAUGCCACAUUUCAUAAACCUCAGAGCUCGGAAUUUCCGACCCACGAGUCGGAAGUUGCAACUGGAACGCCCCCUCAAGUCGGAAUUUCGACUCGGAAGAUCGGAGGAACCUCACCACCCCCGACUUCGAAAUCCAAGAUGGCCCUUCCGCAUACCAACAGUAGUGAAAGCUGUAGUUUUUACUGUUUAUUAGCACUUCUGUCAUUAAAUGUGUCGUUCGCAUAGUACAGUCCAAUCUGUAGACGUUUUACUACGGCGUUCCGAGGCCGAGCUUAAUGGAACACGGCCCUAGUAAUUGAAGGUUUUGUCGUUACUGUGUUGCUUGUUGUAAAAUGAUAACUCUCGACGUUCAUUUAGCAGAUGUUUGUUCUAAAUACUAUUGGAAACAAACCAGGGACUAUAGCCUCCAAUUCAAAAGGGACACUGAUUAUACCCACGUCAAGUAUGCUUUCGUGGUCUGUUUGCGCGUUGUUAGCGGGGUUUUUGAGUGCGGCCGCGUCUCUAUCUGCAAAGCUGUCCCUUGGUGCAGACUACAUGAGAGACGUGUGUAAGUUAACGAUGGAAAAAUACGGUGGAACAACAGAUUGUGACUGGCUCCACGCCCCCCUGCGGAUGCUGUGUGGAGCUCUGCUGUUCACCUGCAACACUGUCAUGUGGACGUUCUUCUCUAAGGCUCUCCGACACUGCUCCUCUACAGCCAGAGCUACAGUGACUACCACUGCGUCCAAUUUUAUCUCCUCAGCCCUCCUGGGAAGGGUGAUUUUUGGAGAGACGCAUGCUGUUCUAUGGUGGACAGGCAUCUCUGUCACUCUGUGUGGACUGCUGGUGCUUCAUGUAUCCACACCUCAGUCUCCCCCGCAGGGGGAGGGAAAAAAGAAAGAGUAAUGGAAGUCAUUUAACUUGUCCCAAUUGUGUGGCCUCUGCUCUUCAUUCACGGUCACAACAAACUUUGGUCAACCAAGUUGUUUUAAAUUUGCUAUAUGAAUAAAGUUGACAUUGACAAACUGUGACAGGAUAAUGGAAUCUCUCAGACACUCACUCAUGAAAAGAGGCAACUCAGUGUUUUAAUAUAAGAGCAGGUAAAACACGUUGCACAGAUCUGACAGUACGUUCAGUACCAGCAGUCCCAGACACCUCUUCGCACACAGACUGGUAUGUCCCUGUCCCUUUGGCAAAUUUUUUUUCCCCCUGUUAGAAUAUAUUGUUAGCUCAUAGAUGUGACUUUGUCACUGAAUUGAGAUUAUAGCAGGUUUUGGAUUAAUAAAAUAAAAGUCAUUUUUAAACUA